GCCCAACCUUCGGCAUCCCAGCCACACUAUCUGUCCAAACUCUAGCAGCAUAACACCACCCCGAAUCCCAACAAUGUCCGGUCUCACAAUCCAUCAUCUCCGCCUCUCUCAAUCCGAGAGAAUCACCUGGCUCUGCGAGGAGCUCGAGAUUCCCUACACUCUCAAAUGCUACAACCGCCAACCGCCCACUCUCAUGGCCCCAGAUGAGUACCGCCAGCUCCACUGGUCCGGCACUGCCCCUAUCAUUGAAGAUAACGGCGUCGUCUUGGGCGAGACCAUGGCCAUUAUCGAAUACAUCCUGGCUAAAUACGGAAAGGGCCGUCUAGUCUUGACCCCAGACCACCCCAAGUACGCAGACUACGUCUUCUGGCUGCACCGGGCCCAAGGAUCGACAAUGCCAUCCUUCAUGGGGAUGCUGUUCAGUCGGAUGCGCGGUACCCCAUCCGAAGAGGACGCUGUCUACAAGAUGUCCGAGUCACGGGUGAAAACGACCUGUGAGGAGAUGGAUCAGCACCUAGCUAAGAACACAUACUUGGCUGGAGAGGAGUUCACUGCAGCAGACUGCGUGUCGGUCUUCCAUUUGACGACGCUGCGCCUGUUUAUUCCCUACAGCCUUGAUGAGUAUCCUAAUAUUGUGCGCUAUCUGGAGCGUAUUGGACAGCGUCCGGCGUACAAGCGCGCCAUGGAGAAGGGUGAUCCUGAUCUGGUGCCUUUGCUGGCGCCGGCGGCGCCUGCUAAAUCGCUGAUGUGAUUUGCAGUAGUUAGAUGAUGUAUAUAUAUGAAGAGAAUACACUAGAACAUGAUUAGAUAUACUGAUGUAUGAUUAUUGGGAAGAGUCAAAGUACAAUAUUCCCUGAGACACAUGGACACCGGACUGAUUCUCUGGAUUGACUUACUUACCUUCACAAAAGAGAUGAUAUUCUCUAGAUUACAGCUGGAGCAUUAACGUAUCAGGAUGAUGAAGCGUGUAAGUGCAGGUUUGACUAAUCGCCAUCAGAUGCCACGACCGACAUUGUUUUAGGUACUAUGAUAUCUCUCGUCAAAACAUCGGGGAGAGAUAACUGACUUGUCUCCAUUUCCAGCCUGGCCAACCUCACUUACCCGCCUUCCUCCCCAUCCUCGCUAGCCAGACUCUGAGAUCAAACACACCCUCACUCAAUUCCCCCUCAUCUCCCACAAACACAAAUACAUG